AUGAAGGGCACGCGGCAAUCAGAUCUUGCGUAUACACUAUACCUCGAAGUACCUUUUAAAACUGCCAAGCAGGCAGAAACUGCAGUCAAAGUCCUGAAACCGGACCCAAUCCUGAAGCCACAAGACUUCCACGUUGAGUAUAGCUCCAAAGCGCACAACCUUUGCGUCUCAUUUGAGGGUGUUGACGACCGUGUACUGCGAGUUGGCGUCAGCAGCGUAAUUGAAAGCAUCAAAACAAUCAUCGAAACAAUAGACGAAUUCAGUCACUGA